AUCGCGUCCGCCGGAACUGCCCAACGCAUCCAUUUUCUGUUCGUCUUCCUCGAUCCGAAACGGAAACCCCCUGCGUGCCCCGCUCCCCCGGCUCAUUCAUUCCCCAUCUCGUCUUCUCCCCAGUCCCCAACCCAGACGACAAAACCCUAGCCUCCUCUUCCGUGGGAUGGGAUGCCGUCCAAACCCUACCCCGACCCCCUGACCGCCGCCGCCCCCGCGACCUGGAUGUCCGCAUGGACGGUGUCCGGGCGCUGAUCGCCGCCGGGGCCACCGCCGUCUGCUGCCUCGUCGGCGCCUUCUGGGCCUUCCGCUCCUCCUCCCCCUCCUCCUCCUCCAAGACGCAGCAAUCCCCUUCCCUGAACUGCUGCGGCUGCGCCUCCUGCGGCUGCCGCGCCGCCAGGUCCGCCAACGGCGAGAUGGCCGUGGGCGGUGAGAACAAGAAGAAGGCGCAGGAGCCGGCCCCGCCUGAGGGAGGCGGCGGCGGUGCCUCCAUGAUGGAGCAGCUCGUCCCCGAGAUCACCACCCACGCGCUCAGCUAUCUCGACUACACCAGCCUCUGCCGCCUCUCCAUGACCAACUCCGCCAUGCGCCGCGCCGCCAACGACGACGGCGCCUGGAAGGCGCUCUACCACAAGGAUUUUACGGUGGAGCAGGGUACUAUAAAUCCACCUAAUGGAUGGAAGGCAUACUAUGCUGCUACAAAAGCCAUCAUGAAUCUUAAUGCAGAGUUCUAUAAUAUCAUCAGGGAAGGUUCUUUGCCAGCAAUGAGCCGAUUUUGGCUUAAUGCAGAUUAUGUUAAGUGUAUUCAUGCGAAUGGGGAGUUCUUUACUGGAUACAAUGCGGUGAUGGGGGGCUGGAGCUUGCUGUUCAACUGGGGCCAAGAUGGAGGACAGGGCGUUGGUUUCCAGAUACGGGAUGUCCGGGUUCGUGUCCUUGGUGAGGUGGCGUGGGUCAACUUGAAGGCAAACAUCGACCUCGACCCUGUGCUGUGCCAUGUGACGAAUGUGUUUGAGUUCCGCAACGGCAGGUGGUAUAUGGUUCACCAUCACAGCUCGCUGAUGGCUGAACCUGCUCCGCACAAUAUGUUUGGUUGAAGCUGGAGAAGGAAAACAAGAAAUCUUCCUGAGGUAGCAUGAUGGCGUGUCUUCAUGACAUGUGUUAGAUUGUCGGAUGUAUUUGAGGAGAGAUUUCCUUCCCCCCAUCGUUUCUCUCGGUUCUGGAUCUCCUGUUUGUUGAUAUUGCGGGUCUGGAUCUCCGUGCUGCAGUUCUGUAUAAAUGUGUCUUAGGUGUUAACUUAAUUGGUGAAUGAAAGGUUAUGGCGCCCUAUGGGCUGCGGCUGACUCA